CUCGUCACCCUCACCCUCAACUCAUCUCACUUCCCUCACUUCCGCUCCCUCUGACUGCACCCACCAUGUCGCUCGCUAUUCCUGGCGCACCCAACGCUGGGCUGUUCAAGCCCGGCUACCAAAACUACGACGCAGAGGAUGGCGCUGUGAUCCGCAACAUCGAUGCCUGCCGCCAGAUCGCCAGCACCGUGCAGACGUCGCUGGGCCCGUAUGGGCGCAACAAGAUUGUCAUCAAUCACCUCCAGAAAAUGAUCCUCACCAACGAUGCAGCCACCAUCCUCCGCGAGCUCGAAGUCGUCCAUCCCGCCGCAAAGCUCCUCGUCAUGGCUUCUCAGCAACAGGAAGCCGAGAUGGGUGAUGCAACGAACAUGGUCAUUGUAUUCGCGGGAGAGCUACUGAAGAAGGCAGAAGAGCUGAUUCGGAUGGGCCUGAAAACUUCGGAGAUUGUGCAAGGUUACGAGAGAGCAGGCAAGGCAGCGCAAGAAAUCUUGGAGCAGCUCGAAGUGGACAAAGUGGAGGACAUCAGAAAUCAAGAAGAGCUCGCUAAGGCGUUGAAGACGGUGAUUGCGGCCAAACAGAGCGGGAACGAGGAGUUUUUGGCAGACUUGGUCGCCGAGGCGGUGUUGGCGGUAUUGCCAAAGAACCCAUACAACUUCAACGUAGACAACGUGAGAGUGGUGAAGAUCAUGGGAGGUGGACUGGAGCAGAGCAGAGUCGUCAAAGGAAUGGUGUUUGGGCGAGAGCCAGAUGGAACGGUGAAGAAGGUGCAAAAGGCUAAGGUCGGCGUCUUCAGCUGUCCCAUCGACAUCUCACAGACAGAGACCAAGGGAACAGUCCUCCUCAAGAACAGCAAAGAACUGCUGAAUUUUACAAAAGGCGAAGAGUCUCAAAUGGAGAAUACCAUCAAGGAACUGCAUGACUCCGGCCUGCGCGUAGUAGUGGCAGGAUCCACAGUCGGCGAACUGGCAAUGCACUACCUCAACCGCUUCGGAAUACUCGUCAUCAAGGUCUUAUCGAAGUUCGAACUCCGCCGAUUAUGCCGCGUGCUGGGCGCUACACCGCUCGCACGUCUCGGCGCACCCAUGCCAGAUGAAAUGGGCAACAUCGACAUUGUCGAGACGCUCGAGAUCGGCGGCGACCGCGUGACAGUGUUCCGACAAGAAAACGAACAAACCCGCACAGCAACUCUUGUCCUUCGCGGCGCAACACAAAACCACCUCGACGAUGUCGAACGAGCUGUCGACGAUGGUGUGAACGUUGUGAAAGCCAUUACCAGAGAUCCGAGAUUAGUCCCUGGAGCCGGCGCGUCUGAAAUGCAACUUAUCGAGCGCAUCACCACCCUCGCAGACAAGACAUCUGGGCUCGCACAGUACGCCAUCAGAAAGUACGCCGAAGCAUUUGAAGUCAUUCCACGUACGCUUGCCGAGUCCGCUGGGUUAGAUGCCACAGAAGUUCUCGCACGCCUUUACACGGCUCACGCACAACAAGCGCAGCGCGAUGAAACGUGCAAGCCAAAGUCGGACAGCGAAGAGGAGGAUGUCCCAGCUAUCGGCGUAGACCUCGACACGAGUGGGUCAUCAGGGAGUGGAACGCUGGAUGCGGAGGAAGAGGGCAUUCUUGAUCUCAUGGUCACCAAGAGCUGGGCAAUCAAGCUCGCUACGGAAGCUGCGAGGACGGUGCUGAGUGUCGAUCAGAUCAUUGUGGCGAGACAGGCCGGUGGACCCAAACCACCUCAGCCCAACGCGAACUGGGACGAGGAUUAGAGGUUCAAGCGAUGAUUUCGUAUGAAAAAAAGGGGCAAUUGACAGCAUAGAUGGUGCCGGUAGAAAGGCACUGGUAUGUAGAGUAUAUACCCGCUGGAUGAAUCAAAACCAGCAUCUACGACGAC